GCUAACUGUCCUUAUCGAUGUAACAGUAGCGACGUAUUUAUUUCCUUGUUUCUUUUUUUUUUACACUCUGACGCGCGCACCCUGAACGCGCACAACCGUUGGAUGAGAUCAAUUGCGCGCGUCCGUGCAGUGCUGCCAUGGGCAACCAGGUGUCGCUCCAACUCUAGAAAACAAACCUAAAACCUACGUUAAUACACGUACUCAUAAUAUGUUUAGUUAAUUAGACUAACAAGCUCAAAAUUAUUGUUCUUUAUCAGUCAAUGUAGCCUUAACAGUUAGUUGUGGUCUGUUGCGUUUAGGCAACUCUGUCACUUAUUAAUAUUAUUAAAAGGAAGGUCAUUUUGUGAGGGAAAGGAAUCAUUUUUACUCUUAAAGGCCGUGUAAAAAAAAAACCACACAAUUAAUGUUAUAUUUUGCCAGAUUUAGCUAAGUUUAUAUUGUGGUGAAACUUUCCUUGUCAGCCACAGGGAUGCAGAGGGCGAUGUUUGUCUCGGUGGGAGGGAUUCCUGCUGUAGGAAACCUAGGUGGCGUUCAGAGCUCGGAGGCUGAACUUUCCGAGAGCCACAUAAAGAGAGACGGGAGCGCAUCUCUGCCCCAGACACCUGAUGAGCAUCUCCCAGAGAGCAGGGGACCAAACUGCACAAGAGAUAACCGAUUUUUCCUACUGGAUAUUAAAGAAGCACCAUUAAAAAAAAACAUCGAGGGAGAAUUUGUGCUUUGUUAUUACUGGAUUUUUCAGAGAUGGCAAUGUCUUUUCGACGCAGGUGUUUGCUUUUGUUGUGUUUGACAGCUCUCCAGAGCGGUCAUGCUGCCGUUCAGACUUGCAUGGAUAAGCACCAGGUGGUCGGGGUGCUUCGUCAAAUGGAGAAGUUCCUGAAAGGCCAGGAGAUGCGGUUUACGGAGGGCCUCAGGAUCAUGAAGUCAAAGCUGGCAACGCUUCAAAACUCUGUCUCCAAGAUGCCUCAAGCAGACCAGUCAGCUGCUCCCACCACCUGCCCCUCUCUGGAAGCUCCCGCUCAUGGAACCAAGUUUGGCUCAAAGUAUUUUGUUGGACAUGAGGUCCAUUUCACUUGUUCCCAGGGCUACCAUCUUGUCGGUUCUGCCACGCGUGUUUGUCAAGACAACGGCACCUGGACCGGCAUCAGUGCCACCUGUAAAGAUAUAAGUGAGUGUGCAAGUAAUCCCUGCCAAAAUGGAGGUACCUGUGUGGAAGGUGUUAACCAGUACAAAUGCACCUGCCCCCAGAACUGGAGUGGGUCUCACUGCCAGCACCAAACCCAGACAGCACCACCUGAGUGGAGUGUUAUGAAUGAUCCAGCAUUCAGCCGGAGACCUCGCUGUGCCCAAGUGAACCGGGCUCAACACUGCAGCUGCGAUGCAGGCUUUCACAUGAGUGGCACCUCUGACAACAGUAUCUGUCAGGACGUAAAUGAGUGUGAAGUGUAUCGGCUGGACCAAGGAGGGAAGCUGUGUGUCCACGAGUGUGUGAAUGUCCCGGGCUCGUACCACUGCUCUUGCCCCAGCGGCUACAAGUUGCUCCGAGAUGGGCGGAGCUGUGAGGAUGUGGACGAGUGUUUAAGCCAGCAGCACAACUGUAGCCGAGGGACAACUUGUAUCAACACGGGGGGAGGCUUUCAGUGCGUCAGCCCAGAGUGUCCCCGUUCUCAUGGCAACAUCAGCUACGUCAAGACAUCUCCCUUUCAGUGUGAGAGAAACCCCUGCCCCAUGGACAGCCGCUCCUGCCACCUGGCCCCUAAGACUGUGUCCUUCCAUUACCUGUCUCUGCCCUCCAACCCGAAGACUCCUGCCACGCUUUUCCGCAUGGCGACAGCCGCCGCCCCAGGGCGCACCGGGCCGGACAGCCUUCGCUUCGGGAUAGUGGGUGGAAACUCCCGAGGCAUCUUUGUCAUGCAGCGUUCAGACAGACAGACUGGUGAGCUGAUACUGGUCCAGCAGCUCCGCGGACCACAGGAGAUCAGCGUUGAUGUGGACAUGUCCGAGUACAGCGACCGCACCUUUCAGGCCAAGCAUGUGGCCAGGGUCCACGUUCUGGUUUCACCCUACAACUUCUGAGAAGACUAGAGACAGAGAGGGGAGGAGGAACAAGGAAGAGUGUAUAAUGGGCAUUGAGUUUAUUGAUACUGUUUCUUCAUCCCCUGUCAGAAAUUCAUUUGUCUCAGUAGCUGAGGUGAAUAUUUGUUCAGUGGCCAAAUUACCUAAAGAGUGAGAGAGCGACAAGCCAAUAUUUAACAGUUACAUUAUGAAUAACAAUAUAUGGCAAAAAACACAUCAUAGAUACUUCUUUAAAUAGUGUCAGUAUGAGCUUUGAGUGAUGAUGUUUGAGUGUGUUUGAAUGCAUGAAAACUAGCUAAACAAAAGCAUAAUGAAUGGGUUGGGAGGGAUGGAUAACUGCGUUUGUCAUUGCUGUUGCUUUAUGUUUGUGUUAUUAUGUCCAUCAUAGAUCAUGUCUGUGUAGCUCAGGGUCCGGCCCCGGGGCUGAUGCACUGCCCUUGCUUUAUUGAUGAUAAAUCCCUAUAAGACAUUAGUGCUCCUGUGGCUCUAAUUUAUUGGAAAUAUUGUUGCUGGUUAUUAUAUUGUAACAUACUGUACACCACAUGUUUAUCUUCCAUCAUAUACUGUAUAUUUGUUUUGUUUUUUGUACUAGCUUGCCAUCGUUUAAGGCACCAUUCAUUAUACUAAGGGAGUUUUAUGAGUUUUUUUUUUUUUUUUAAACAGUAGAUGCAGUACUAUACCUGGGCAUAUUUUCUCUAUUACUCACAAUCUGUAUGUUACCCAGAAAUAGUCUCAUUAUAUUCUAAAUCAAAGAUGAUUUGGCAAGCUUGCCAAUGCACUACACAAUUUAUCUGGAAUUUUAAUUGUCUCUACAUAACUGAAAUAAAGUCAGUCCAACAUUUCAGUAUUUGUUAGAACUACCUCACUUGAUGCUGAGCAGUGUACUAUUAAAUGUCCUUGUGGCACUGCUUGUUUUCAUUCCGGAUCCAUUAUGAGUGAAUUUUAAUGAGCGAAAUCCAAACCAACGCAUAGCUGAUAAAUGAAGGCUGGAUGGCUAUAAAAAGUUAUCUGACCGAAUGGAAGAAAGGUUAGGAAGAAAGAAUGUGUGUUUUAUAACAUAACCCCCUGGGGCAGUAGUUCACAGACAAUACAAGU